AUGGCCCCCGCUGCUUUGGAACAGGAGAACCACGCGCGCGAUGCCGAGUUCAAUCGCGCAAUGCACGGAAAGUCUGCCCAGUCUCGGGGUGGCUUUGCUGCUCUUCGGGGCAAGGACUCUGCUGCCCAGAAGGCCGCUGUAGACGAGUACUUCAAGCAUUGGGACAACAAGUCCGCUGAAGACGAGACAGAGGAGAUUCGCGCGGCCCGCCGUGCCGAGUAUGCCACAUUGACCCGACACUACUACAACCUGGCCACGGAUCUUUACGAGUAUGGAUGGGGUACUUCGUUCCAUUUCUGCCGCUUCGCCCAGGGCGAACCCUUCUACCAAGCCAUUGCCCGCCAUGAACACUACCUGGCUCACCGGAUGGGCAUCAAGGAGGGUAUGAAGGUCCUGGAUGUCGGCUGUGGUGUCGGCGGUCCUGCCCGCGAGAUUGUCAAAUUCACCGAUGCCAACGUGGUUGGACUGAACAACAACGACUACCAGAUUGAGCGUGCGACUCGGUACGCCGAGCGCGAGGGAUUGAGCCAUAAGCUCAGCUUCGUCAAGGGCGACUUUAUGCAGAUGAAGUUCCCUGAUAACUCGUUCGAUGCCGUUUACGCUAUCGAGGCCACCGUCCACGCUCCCGAACUUGAGGGUGUCUACAAGGAAAUCUUCCGUGUGUUGAAGCCCGGUGGAAUCUUCGGUGUCUACGAGUGGCUCAUGACCGACGAGUACGACAACGACAACCCGGAGCAUCGCAAGAUCCGUCUGGGUAUCGAGCUGGGUGAUGGUAUUUCCAACAUGGUCAAGAUUUCGGAGGGUCUCACUGCUUUCAAGAACGCCGGUUUCGAGCUGUUGCACAACGAGGAUCUCGCCGAUCGCCCCGACCGCAUUCCUUGGUACUACCCUCUGGCAGGAUCGUUCAAGCACAUGACCUCGCCCUGGGAUCUGUUCACCAUUGCCCGUAUGACAUGGUGGGGUCGUGGCAUCGCCCAUCGCUUCUGCGGAGCUAUGGAGACCGUUGGUCUCUUCCCUAAGGGCACCCAGAAGACAGCCGACAGUCUCGCCAUCGCCGGUGACUGCCUGGUCGCUGGCGGUGAGAAGAAGCUCUUCACUCCCAUGUAUUUGAUGGUCGGACGCAAGCCCGAGUAA